AUGUGGGGCAAGAAGAAAGAGAAAGCAAAGGCUGCGCCCGGUCCAAACGCGCCAAUGUCGAGUCAUUCCCUAGCGGAACCCAUCAAGCAGGAGCCGUCUGAAGGCUCGAAGCGCAAGAAACCCUCGACAUCAACAAACGCGUCCGAAACAACGUCUACGUCCAAGAAGAGACGAGUAGUAUACUCUGACGAUGAAGAUGAUGCUCCUGUACCAUCAGCGAGAGCAUCGUCUAUUGCCCCUUCGUCAUCCCCUGGACCCUCUCGUACAUCGUCGCGUUCUCCGUCUCCAGUAUCGAAGCCACGUAAAUUAGCCACGGGGAAGUCGCGUAAGACAACGCCAACCAUCAAGGACGAAGAGGUUAACGCCACCUCAAGUGCCGGAGAGGAAGAGAUUGAUCAUGACGAGGACGAGGACGAGAUGGAUGUUGACUCAGGCGUUGCCUCCAAGAUUGCUGAAGCGGCACUUUCACGAAAGAACGACGUCGAUCUACCCGGAGGAUGGAAAGUUGGCUCCCCCGUCCCCUAUUCAGCCUUAACAAAGGCAUUCUCACAGAUAGAGGCCACGACGAAGAGAUUGGAAAAGAAUUCCAUUCUCACUGCUUUCCUCCUACUCGUCAUACAGCGAAGUGCUCCGCAAGACACUAAAUCCCUCUUGCAGACAGUCUAUCUAUGUAUAAACAGGUUAAGCCCAGAUUACAUUGGGAUUGAACUUGGUAUUGGUGAGAGCCUCUUGAUCAAAGCUAUUGGGGAGUCUACGGGAAGGAGUGUGGGGGUCGUCAAGGCAGACUUAAAGAAGGAAGGCGACCUCGGCCUUGUAGCGAUGAAUUCAAAGAAUAGCCAGAAGACCCUUUUCAAGCCGAAACCUUUGACGGUCCCUUUCGUAUUUUCUAACUUAAAAGAGAUAGCAACCACAUCUGGCCACUCGUCACAAGCGAAGAAGGUGUCUGUCAUCACGAAGCUGCUCGCUGCAUGCCAAGACUUCGAGGCUAAAUAUAUUGUUCGAAGCUUGGAGGGCAAGCUCAGGAUUGGCAAUGCUGAGAAAUCUGUCCUGGUAGCUAUAGCGCACGCUGCGGUAUUAGCAGAGAACGAGAAACGAGCCAAGAGGCUGACUAAAGACAAACUGGAGGCUAGGUUGGAAGAAGCCUCAAAUAUCAUCAAAGCAGUCUACAGCGAGUUGCCGUCAUACGACGAAGUGAUUCCAGCAUUGUUGGAGCGUGGUAUCGACGGCCUACGUGAGCACUGCAAGCUGAGGCCAGGCGUCCCGUUGAAACCCAUGUUGGCGAAACCAACAAAAGCCAUCGGCGAAGUUCUUGACCGUUUCGAAAACAAGAAAUUUACUUGCGAAUAUAAGUAUGACGGCGAACGAGCUCAGGUACACAAGCUAGAAGAUGGAACUGUUGCUGUCUUCAGUCGCAACUCCGAGGAUAUGAGCAAGAAGUAUCCUGACCUCGUUGAUCAGUUACCGAAGUGCAUCAAAGAGUCAACGAAGUCCUUUGUCCUCGAUGCAGAAGCUGUGGCUAUUGAUCGUGCAACGUUCAAGCUAAUGCCAUUCCAAGAGCUCAGUAGACGCAAACGGAAGGAUGUUAAAGUGGAAGACAUCCAAGUCCGUGUUUGUUUGUUUGCCUUUGACUUACUUUACUUGAACGGCGAGCCAUUGUUGAAACAUUCCCUCACCGAGCGGAGAGCAUUAUUGCGAGAGCACUUUCAGCCAGUUUCUGGGGAGUUCGAGUUUGCGAAGUCAGAUGACGGCGAAACUACGGACGAGAUACAGACAUUCCUUGAGGACAGUGUGAAGGAUGGAUGUGAAGGCCUCAUGGUCAAGAUGUUGGAUACCGACGCUAGCUUUUACGAACCAAGUCGGAGGAGUAUAAAUUGGUUGAAGCUCAAGAAAGAUUACUUGGCUGGUGUGGGUGACUCUCUCGACCUCGUCGUGGUUGGAGGAUAUUACGGCAAGGGAAAGCGCACAAACGUCUACGGCGCCUUCCUACUGGCUUGUUACGAUGCCGACUCUGAGGAAUACCAAACCAUAUGCAAGAUCGGCACAGGCUUCAGUGACGAGAUGCUGCAAUCCCAUUAUGACCUUCUCAAGCCGUUGGAAGUAACCAAACCUCGGGGAGAUAUCAAAGUCGGCGGUGCUAAACCGGACAUCUGGUUCGAACCCAAAAUUGUUUGGGAGGUCCUUACAGCCGACUUGAGCUUGAGCCCAGUGUACACUGCGGCACAGGGUUUGGUGGAGGAGAGGGGUAUAUCCCUCCGUUUCCCGCGGUUCAUCCGAGUAAGAGAUGAUAAGUCCGUAGACGACGCAACAAACUCCGAGCAGAUUGCGGAAAUGUACGAGCGACAGGCCUUGGCACAGACACAAUCCAAGAAAAAGGGUAAUCAUGGCGACGACGACUUCUGGUGA